GACAGCAUAUUCAGCUCGGCUGCAACAGCAAAUCUUGAUGCUGAAGGCUACUACUUUAUUCAGAUGCGCGAUGGCCGUUGGCACGCGAUCCUACGGCAAACGUGCGGGCCUGCUCUGCUUAGUGGGACCAGAUCCACCGCCCACCACAGCCCGAAUCCAAUCCUCGGGAGCAGAGCAGAGCAGGCCAGGCCAGGCGAUGGCUGCCCCGGCGGCGCCGGCCGCGAGGCCAGGGCUCCUCCUCCUGCGCCGCACGGACGCCACCUUCUCCGCGGCGCUGCGCGCGCGCUACCGCGUCUUGGACUUCUACGCCUCGGGCGCGCCCCUCGGCGCCUUCCUCGUCGCCGCCGCCGCGGAGCCGGACCCCCCGCGCGCCGCGCUCGUCGUCGCCGGCGGCGCCGUCCUCGUCGACGCGGCGUUCAUGGAUGCCGUGCCCUCCCUCCGCUGCGUCGUCACCACGGGCGCGGGAGUGGACCACAUUGACCUCGCCGCCUGCGCGCGCCGCGGCGUCGCCGUCGCGGGCGCGGGCAAGAUCUUCUCCGUGGACGUCGCCGACCACGCCGUCGGGCUCCUCAUCGCCGUAUGUAUAUGUUGUAUACAUACAACAUAUGUCUACGAACUAGUAGUUGCAAGCUGUGGCACUUUUGUUUCAGUUGUGAUCAAUGGGGUAGUAGAAUGUUUUAAGAUGAUGAAUAAGUCCAGUACUGCAGACUGCAGAGGCACGGCACCAUACAGUGUGUGUAUAUGUUGCCAAGAAAUUGUAUCCAGCCAAUACAAAAUAAAGGAGAAAAACCAAAUGUUUGUAUCAGAACAGAACCCAAUUGGACAGCUUCCAGCUUCUCAGGAUAAGCUCCUCUGCCACACUAACUCUUCCCCACCAGCUACAGCUACAGGUAACAGCUGCUGCUGAAUUUGUUUAGGUAUGUUAAUUUGCUGGUAUCUGAAUUUGUUUAGGUGCAUCCAAUAUGCUGGACCGAAUUGAGAUCGACAG